GUUUCCAAAUAUUGGCCAGGAUUUGCACAAAAUAAUAAAGAGAAUGUGACAUUACUAGAAUUGGUAACACAUAAAGCUGGAGUAGGAUAUAUUGAUUCACAUCAAAUCAGUAAUAGAGAUUUACAUGAUCUUGACAAAUUAUCUGAAAUUUUGGCCAACCAACCUCACAAUUUUGAUGGUAAACCAACCAAAGCUUAUCAUGGAGUUAGUCAUGGUUGGUAUUUAAAUGAAAUUGUUCAUCAAGUAGAUUCAAGACAUCGUACAAUUGGACAGAUAGUUAAAGAAGAGAUUAUGCCUAUUUAUAAUUUAGAAUUUUACUAUUCCAUAUUUGACAUCAAUAACAAUGAUAAUAAUGAUAAAUUGAAAUCUGCUUAUGAAACAAGAGUCUCCAAUAUCUACACCUACCCAUUACUACAUCUUUUUA